GGAAGAAGAAGACGUCAUUGUUUUGGUUGACUGGUUUUUCUGCAGACUGAAUGAGGAGAAAAUAUUUUGAACGGGGCGAUAAAUCUGGCGGAGCUUUGAUAGUUUAAAUAACCAGGUAAGUUUAACAGACCGGGAGAGAAGACUUUGGAAAAUCGGAGAAAACAGCUGAACGAUCAGUCACCAUGACAACCAAGCGCGGACUGAUAACUGAUUCAUUCAAGGUGGUGAAGAAAGCAAGAAAGAGAGUGAAACGAGAAAAGACGCCGUCUCCUCCUCCACAGCAGCAAGAGACUGAAACUUUAACGCUCCGAGAGGAGGAGCUGCAGAAGCUCAGACAGUUUGAUCUGGACUGGAGAUUUGGGCCCUGCACAGGUAUCAGCAGGCUGCAGAGAUGGGAGAGAGCAAAGCUUCAUGGUCUGAGCCCACCUGAGGAGAUCAGAUACCUGCUGCUGCAAACAAACACUGACUCCGAGUACAACCAGAGCCUGUGGAGCGAAUACCCAUUGUGAGGAAGACAUUUUAAGAGACAGCAGGAAAAAUGUCAUCCAGUUUUGUUUGCUUUUUCUUGCAUUUUGUAUCACAUUGUCUCUUCGACACUCUACUACUUUUUUAUUAAAAAAAGAAUAAUAAUUUUACCAAAA